CCCUCUCUCUCUCUCUCUCUCUCUUUUCUCGUAUGUCCCAAAGACCAUUAAUUAGUCAAAACCAGCACACACGAUGCUUUCCCAUCUCUCUCUAAAACCACCGCUCUCACUCUCAGCCUCCUCUCCCCUCCUCUCUCCUCUCCUCCGCCGCCGCAUCGCCACCGCCGAGCCCAGCCUCCGCCCCACCGCAUCGCUCAGCUCGCUGCUCGGCCUCCCCUCCCAGCUCCGCUUCGCAUGCCACGCUAGCUCCCCCGGAGCAGGCAGCAGCAGCAGCAGCGUAUCCAUGGACUCCCCGCCUCCGCCGGAGGACGCCACCGGCGCAUCUGUAGAGUCCGUGACGCGCGAUUUGAAGAAUCAGAGCUUGGACGGCGACGGCGAUUCGAGUCGUGCCAGGAGGUUCAGGCUCGAGGAUCUUAAUUGGGAUCACUCGUUCGUCCAUGAGCUGCCGGGCGAUCCCCGGACCGAUGCUUUUCCUCGUGAGGUGCUUCAUGCUUGCUAUACAAAAGUCUCCCCUUCAGCUGAAGUGGACAAUCCUCAACUCGUUGCAUGGUCAGAAUCGGUUGCCGAAUUACUUGAUUUGGAUCCUAAGGAAUUCGAAAGAUCAGAUUUUCCGCUAAUAUUCUCCGGUGCAGCUCCUCUAGUGGGAGGGUUGCCCUAUGCUCAGUGCUAUGGAGGACACCAAUUUGGGAUGUGGGCCGGUCAGUUGGGUGAUGGUAGGGCAAUUACUCUUGGGGAGCUUGUGAACUCUAAGUCCGAAAGAUGGGAACUGCAGCUCAAAGGGGCUGGAAAGACCCCAUACAGUAGAUUCGCUGAUGGGCUCGCUGUUCUGCGCAGUAGCAUCAGAGAAUUUCUCUGUAGUGAAGCGAUGCAUAGUCUCGGUAUCCCAACUACACGAGCUCUUUGUCUGGUGACAACUGGGAAAUUCGUCACUCGAGACAUGUUCUAUGAUGGCAAUCCGAAGGACGAACCUGGUGCAAUUGCGUGCAGAGUUGCUCAAUCUUUUUUACGCUUUGGUUCAUAUCAAAUACAUGCUUCAAGAGGCAAAGAGGAUCUUGAAAUCGUAAGGGCUUUGGCUGAUUACGCCAUUAGGCAUCAUUUCCCUCACAUAGAAAAUAUGACCACAAGUGAAAGCCUGUCCUUCAACACGGGCAGUAAUGAUCAGGAUGUGGUGGAUCUUACAUCAAAUAAAUACGCAGCUUGGACGGUGGAGAUUGCAGAGCGUACUGCUUCCAUGAUCGCAAAGUGGCAGGGGGUUGGGUUCACUCAUGGGGUCUUAAACACAGAUAAUAUGAGCAUUUUGGGCCUGACGAUUGAUUAUGGUCCUUUUGGAUUUCUCGAUGCUUUCGACCCAACCUAUACCCCUAAUACAACCGAUCUUCCUGGAAGAAGAUACUGUUUUGCAAAUCAGCCAGACAUCGGUUUGUGGAAUAUAGCCCAGUUCGUUUCAACCCUUUCCGCUGCUCAGCUGAUAAAUGAUAAGGAGAUGAAUUAUGCCUUGGAAAGAUAUGGGACCAAGUUUAUGGAUGAGUAUCAGGCUAUCAUGACCAGAAAGCUUGGCCUCCCUAAGUACAAUAAACAGCUGAUAAGCAAGCUUCUGAACAAUAUGGCUGUGGAUAAAGUUGAUUACACAAACUUCUUUCGGUUGCUUUCAAAUAUCAAAGCCGAUCCCAAAAUUCCUGAAGAAGAGCUUCUAGUUCCAUUGAAGUCUGUUCUACUGGAUAUCGGGAAGGAGCGAAAGGAGGCGUGGAUCAGCUGGGUGAAAACCUACAUACAGGAGCUCGCUAGCAGUGGCAUGUCAGAUGAAGAACGAAAGGCUUCGAUGGACUCGGUGAAUCCUAAGUACGUCCUCCGGAAUUACCUCUGCCAAAGUGCAAUUGAUGUGGCUGAGCAAGGAGACUUUGGAGAGGUCCGAACUCUUCUCAAACUAAUGUCAAGACCCUAUGAUGAGCAACCUGAGAUGCAGAAGUAUGCUCGUCUUCCCCCAGCUUGGGCUUACCGACCUGGUGUUUGUAUGCUGUCUUGUUCCUCGUGAAUUAAAAAAAAAACUUUGCUCGGUGUCACUACACUUAUAGUGCGACUGAUUUACGUGUUUUUCUUCUGAUGUAUAUAACAUAGCCAGGAUUACGAUUUUUACCCCUUAAAAGGAUGAGUUUGUACACAACGCCCUUAUUCUUGCAUCUGUCAGGAACCCGAACAUUUCAUCAUUAUGAGGGCUCUUGGCUCCUCCAUAAGAAGCUUAUGUACCAUUGGCCGACAUUAUGGUCAGCUGAUCC